AUGCGCAGGAGAACGAGAAUUGUCUGCAUCUCAGACACUCACAAUUGCACAGUGAAACUGCCCAAGGGAGAUGUCCUCAUCCAUGCCGGGGAUCUCACGAACCAGGGGAGCCAUACUGAGCUUUCCAAGGCUGUCAGAUGGCUAGAGCAGGCAGACUUUGAGACCAAGAUUGUCAUCGCUGGGAAUCAUGACAUUACUUUGGAUAAAGACUUCUUUGCGGAACAUGGCCUCUACUUCCACAACAAGAACCCACAGUCUCCCGAAGAAUGUCUUUCACUAUUCACUUCGUCACCAUCAAUCACAUACCUGAACCACCAGUCGGCCACUAUACGUCUGACUUCUCCAUCCGGGCCACGCACACAGUUCACCAUCUUUGGUUCUCCUUACUCUCCACGCAAUGGCCUUUGGGCAUUCAACUACGACGCCCCGCAGAAUCCCAGCAACUGCGCGGACCUGACGAGUAUCUGGGAGCAGAUUCCCCUUGAGACAGAUAUCGUCGUUACGCACACACCUCCGAGGACUCACUGCGAUGAGACCAAUGACCGUCGAGCUGCCGGUUGCGAGGCUUUGAGGCAGGUCUUGUGGCGGGUGCGGCCUCUACUCGCCGUCUGCGGACAUAUCCAUCCUGGCAGAGGUGCAGAGCGGGUGAAAUGGGACUUGAGCUCUCGAAACAUCUCAUUCAAAGAAGAAAGCGUCCUCUGUUGGCAAGACCCCGGUGAGGGAAACAACAAAAUCAGCCUCGUUGAUCUUACCGGGAAGAAGGCUCCCACGCUCGCCAACGACGGCUCGCAUCCAGGCAGACCCCAGCGGCCGUCGUCGUCAGAGCGCCAUGCAGCAAUGGCAAGUCCUAUUGCCACAACCUCGGCAGACAGCCCGCCAUUCACAUUCGGUUCCAGUGAUGUUGGUGCCCAAGUCUGUCGUAGCAACGUCGGGCUGGGAGGAGAUCCUACCUCGCCUCGAAGCGACCAGGCUGCCCUCGCUGGGAGGAUGGGCCGGCGAGAGACAUGUGUGGUGAACGCAGCCAUCAUGAAGAAGAAUUACCCACAUGUGGGGAGCAGGCAGCUCAACAAAGCCAUUGUGGUUGACCUGGAUCUGCCAAUGUGGGAGGAGUGA